CUUUCGUAAACAACAACAAAGCAUAGUAAACAACUGUUGGUCAGAUUGUUUUGUUUUCAGACUUUCAGUUCUUCAAUCCUGUGUUAUGUGUUUUAUGGUUUAUUCCGUAGAAACUUGUGUAUUUAAGUAAGCAUUGCACUACAAACUUUCUAGGAAAAAAUGAGCAAUAUUUACAUACAAGAACCACCAACUUCGGGGAAGGUCCUGCUGCGUACCACUGUGGGCGACAUCGACAUUGAACUAUGGUCUAGAGAAUGUCCAAAGGCAUGUCGAAAUUUCAUUCAACUAUGUAUGGAAGGUUACUACAACAACACCAUAUUCCAUCGUGUCGUAAAAGAUUUCAUUGUACAAGGUGGUGACCCAUGUGGCGAUGGUACAGGUGGGGAAUCGAUUUAUGGGCAACCAUUUAAAGAUGAAUUCCAUUCACGUCUACGAUAUACCAGGCGUGGCCUUGUUGGCAUGGCAAAUUCCGAUAAGGACGACAAUGGAUCACAAUUUUUCUUCACAAUGGGACCGACGCCGGAAUUACAAAAUAAAAACACUUUAUUUGGAAAGGUAACAGGUGAUACCGUUUUCAAUAUGUUGAAAUUAGAGGACGGUGAAGUGGACCACAACGAAAGACCUAUGUAUCCCCACAAAAUUCUAAAAGCAGAAAUAUUAAAGAACCCUUUUGAUGAUAUUGUGCCUAGGGAACUGAAAAAGGAAGUCAAGAAGGAUAAGAAAAAGAAAAAAGAGAAAGGCGUCAAAAAUUUUGGUUUGCUAUCAUUUGGUGAAGAAGCCGAAGAGGAUGAGGUUGAAACUACAGAAUUUGUACAGAAGAACGCAGGGAAAGCCAAAUCUUUGCACGAUGUUGUCGAUGAUCCUAAACUGAGCAAAGAACCUGUAAAAGUAAAGUUCGAAGAUGAGAGUAAUUCGGAAUCAGAAGAAGAAUGGAAUGUACCCAUAAAGGAAGAGCCAUUGGAUGGAGAUGAAUUAAACGAUAGAAAGCAGCGCAUAAAAGACAAACUGAAAUCAAGGUCUUCGGAGAAAAUUAAGAAAAACAAGCCACCCAUCAAAAUUGAAGAAGUAUCCGAUUCAGAUGAUGACCAGUUACUAACACAUGAAGACGAAAAGCGACUUCAAAAGGAAAAGAAGAAGGAAGAGAUUCGUCAGGAAAUACUGACGCUGAAGAAACAAUAUCAAAGCGAAAAGAAACAAAAGGACGAAGAACUGGAAAAGAAAGAAAAGGCCAAAAAACUUGAACAUGACAAUAAUGAACUUAUUAAGAGUUUCAUUGAAGAAAAAGAAAAAUAUGAAGGCCUUAAAGCCAAAAUACCGAAAAAAGGCACAAGUCGGGAAGAUUUUACAUUAAGUUUGCUUUCCAAGUUUCGCUCAAAAUUAGAUGCAUUAAAACAAAAACGUGAGGAGGAUGAACGAGAGGACGAUGAUGAGGCAAACAACAAAGUCGAUGAUAAUGUAGUUGAAAAGGAAAUACAAGGCGACGAUUGGUUGUGUCAUACAUUGAAAUUCAAAGAAGAUGUUCCAGUCUUAGCAAAAGAUGCCUCUACCAAGGGUGAUGAUUGGUAUGACGUAUAUGAUCCACGAAAUCCUUUAAACAAAAGAAAACGCAAGGAAGCAGUUGGUCGUUCAGAAAGCCAAAAUAAAAAACGAAUCUAAAUAUAUAAAUUGUUUAAAAUUUA